GAACCGAGAAAUCUCAGGGGCGCUCGUGUGUCUGCGCGACGGAGACAGGGAAUCGCAGCUGGGGGCGAGGAAAAGUGCUGAGAAUCGCUGUGAUAGCAGCCCAGGAGUGAUCAAUGUGAGGCGCUGAUGCUGAGUGAGUGACAUUUCAUUGGUGUGCAGAGGAGUUUUUCCACCGGAGAAAAGUGCGCAAUUGACGUGUGUGUGUGGCUUUUUCACAAGUGGGCGCUUUUCGCGAGACUCCCGCGGGGGGGAGAGAGUCAAUUCCGGGUGCGUGAGUGAGUGUGUGUGGGGCCGGCGUGGCGCCACUGUCGCGGGGACUCCCGCAGGGUAGUUUUCCGGGGGGGGGUGAGAGAGACACUGAGUGUGUGAGUGAGGAGAAUGGUGGCGUGGAGCAACUCGCGGCUGGUGCGGAUCCUGCUGGUGGGGGAUCAGGGCGUGGGCAAGACGUCACUCAUCCUGUCGCUGGUGAGUGAGGAGUUCCCCGAGGAUGUGCCCGCCAAGGCGGAGGAGAUCACCAUUCCGGCCGACGUGACGCCCGAACAGGUGCCCACGAACAUCGUGGACUACUCAGCCGCCGAGCAGGCAGACGACGCGCUGACGGAGGAGAUCGCGCGCGCUUCCGUGGUGUGCAUCGUGUACUCGGUCGAGGACGACAGCACCAUCGAGCGCAUCGCGUCGCACUGGCUGCCGCUCAUCCGCGACAGCAUGCCCAUGGAUCAGCGCAAGCCGGUGGUGCUGGUGGGCAACAAGGUGGACCUGGUGGACUUCUCCACCAUCGACCAAGUGCUCUCGAUCAUGGAGGAGUAUCCGGAGGUGGAGAGCUGCGUGGAGUGCUCCGCCAAGACGCUGCAGAACAUCUCCGAGAUGUUCUACUACGCACAGAAGGCCGUGCUGCAUCCCACGGCGCCGCUGUACAGCACAGAGGAGCAAGACCUGACGAAUGAGUGCAAGAAGGCGCUGGUGCGGAUCUUCAAGGUGUGCGACAUCGACGGCGACGGACUGCUCAACGACUACGAGCUCAAUCACUUCCAGCGGCGCUGCUUCAAUGCGCCGCUGCAGCCGCAGGUGCUGGACGAGGUGAAGGCGGUGCUGAUCAAGAACAUCCCCGACGGCAUCCGCCACGACGCCGUGACGCUCAAGGGCUUCCUCUUCCUGCACUGCCUCUUCAUCCAGCGCGGCCGCAACGAGACCACGUGGGCCGUGCUGCGCCGCUUCGGCUACAACGAGCACCUGCAGAUGUCCGGUGAGUACUUGCAUCCGGCGGUGAAGGUGCCGCCGGGCAGCAGCACGGAGCUGUCGCACCGCGGCCAGCAGUUCCUCACGGCGCUGUUCGAGCGCAGCGAUCGCGACGGCGACGGCGCGCUGUCGCCAGAGGAGUUCCGGAACUUGUUCAGCGCCUGCCCAAGUCCGCCGUGGAUGUCGGACAUCAAGUGGACGGUGUCGACCAACGAGAACGGCCAUUUGACGCUGCACGGCUGGAUCUCGCGAUGGGCGCUGAUGACGCUCGUCGAUCUGCCCAAGACGCUGGAGUAUCUCGCGUGGCUGGGCUUCAAUGUGCACGAGAAUGAGUCACAGCUGUCGGCCAUCCACGUGACGCGCGAGCGGCGACUGGACUUUGCCAAGAAGCAGAGCAGCCGAUCGGUUUACGUGUGCCACGUGAUUGGGCAGAAGGGCGCCGGCAAGACGGCGCUCUGUCGUGCCUUCAUCUACGAUGACAUGAAGAAGAUCAGUGAGAAGGACCUGCGCGGCGGCGUUCAGCACUGCAUCAAUGUUGUGCAGGUUUAUGGGCAGGAGAAGCAUCUGGUGCUGCGCGACAUCGAUGUGAGGCAGGCACUGGAUCCGCUCCAGCCGAAUGAGGUUCACUGUGAUGUUUCCUGUCUAGUCUAUGAUAUUAGCAAUCCCAACUCGUUCGAGUACAUCGCCCGGAUCUACAUCAAGUACUUUGCCGAGAGCAAAAUACCCGUCUUGAUUGUCGGCACGAAGGGUGACCUCCUGGAAGUGCCUCAGAAUUAUCUGCUGCAGCCCACGGAGUUCUGCAGCAAGUACAAAAUAUUGCCACCGCAAAUCUUCAGUCUGAGGGACAAUAAGAAGGAUCUCUUCACCAAAUUGGCCACAAUGGCGGCUUUUCCUCGCUUCCAAGCGGCUUGGAUCCUCUUUUACAAGCACAGGUUGGUACAGCUGUGGGAGACCACUCCAAUUCGACGCGUCGUGAAUUUCCUUUUCAUGAGUCCCAACACUCAGAUGUCUUCUUGGUCCCAACCUUUCAAUGUCAACAGACACUUGAAGCACUUCGGCCUGACGCCCGGAGAUCCGCUGGUGUGGUGGAAGGCCGGCCUGGGCAUCGCGGCGAUCACUGUGGUCGGAUGGUACGUGGUCAGGGCCUUCCAGAGGAACACGACGACCUACGGAGCGCGGUGAAGUGGAAAAACAUGGAGUAAAUCUUUUUUUCGCUGCGAAAGAACUGUGAAAUUGUGUGUUGAAUUGAGGCAGAAGACAAGAAAAAAAAAUACCAUUGAGAUACUCUCCUGGCCAGAGUGAGGAGAAUGAUUAAGUAAUUUGAAGUAAAAAAUGCCGAAGUAGUCAGUCAUUCAAUGAUAAAAAGAAUUAGCGUAGCGUCGCGAAGAGAUUGUGUCCCUUUGAAGCUUUUUCUUGAAGUAUUUUUGUGAGAGAAAUCUUUGAAGUCUUGUAGAUUUUAUCAACACUUCUCUUUUUUUUCCGAAAAAUUUUUUGCGCGUUGUAAAUAAUAUUUCUCUCCCAGAAAAUAAUCGUCACACAACUUCCAGACAGAAGGAAAAAAAGGCUUUUUUCAUUCUCUUGGGUUUUAUCGCGACACACAUUCAUAAUGUUUCAUUAUUAUUAUUAUAUUUCUUUUUAAGUCAAUCGAUAGGAAUUUGUAGUUGGAAUUUAGAUGAGAGAGAAAGAAAAUGAAAUAAAGACACAAUUUGUGAGAUGAAUAAAAC